AUGUCGGGCAUGGGAGACGGGUACGUGGGCACGGCCCAAGACGCCGUGAGGAUCCGGCGGUUACAGAAGCAGAGAGAAGCUGAACGCCUUAAAAUCCAAGAGCUCAAAACCAAGUCCGCCUCCGGUAAUGGCCAGCCCGGUCUCCUCCAAUUCGGGUCAAGUACCUCUGAGAUUCUUGAGACGGCAUUUAAGAAGGAAACUGUGGGUUUGGUUACAAGAGAACAGUACGUAGAGAAGAGGGUUAAUAUUCAGACCAAAUUCGAGGAAGAAGAGAAGGAGAAGCUAGAAAAGCUACGGAAAGAGGAGGAGGAGUUUCAGUUGCAGAAGCGGAAAAAGAGGAAGGUUAAGGGUAAUUCUAAGUUGUCUUUUGCUGAUGAUUUUGAGAAUGGAAGUGACGAAGAGGAUGGUGAAAACGAAAGCUCAGAGCCAAAGAAUUUAGUGCGUGGGAAAUUCGGAAAAGAUCCCACAGUGGAAACAAGCUUUUUGCCUGACAGUGAGCGAGAGGCAGAGGAGCAAGCUGAGCGUGAAAGGCUGCGGAAACAGUGGCUUCGUGAACAGGAACAGAUUCGAAAUGAGCCCCUUGAAAUCACUUACAGCUACUGGGAUGGAGCAGGCCAUAGAAGAGUGAUCCAGGUUCGUAAAGGGGACACCAUAGGAGAGUUUCUUCGGGCAGUUCAGCAACAACUUGCACCAGAGUUCAGAGAAAUUAGAACUACUUCUGUGGAGAAUUUGCUUUAUGUGAAAGAGGAUCUUAUCAUUCCCCAUCAACACAGUUUCUACGAGUUGAUCAUUAACAAGGCUAGGGGGAAAAGUGGACCGCUCUUCCACUUUGAUGUGCACGAGGAUGUGCGAACAAUUGCUGAUGCAACUAUAGAGAAGGAUGAGUCCCAUGCUGGUAAAGUUGUGGAGAGGCACUGGUAUGAAAAGAAUAAACACAUCUUUCCUGCUUCAAGAUGGGAGAUAUAUGACCCGACUAGGAAGUGGGAGCGUUACACCAUCCAUGGCGAUUGA